AUGUGGGCGGGCGAGCCGGCGUGCGGCGAGGGCGCGCAGGCGGGCGACGAGGGCUGCCCGCCGCUGUCCGUGAGCUGGGAGGGCGCCGCCGAGCUGCAGGCGGGCGACGUGCUCAUCGUGCGCAUCGACGACGCCCGGCUGCGCGCCGCCGCGGGCCCCAGGCAGGUGCCGGCCGACAGUGUUGCUCUCGUAUCACCCGCCCUCUCGUCUCCUCGUUCUUGUGGACCAAUAGGAAUCAUCCGCGGUGCGACAAUCCGUUCGCAGACGCUUCGAUGGUCAGCGCGGACGCCAUCCCGGAGUCCUGCAAACUACAAGGACGCGGAGAACCGACGUCACAAUGACCACCAGCGAUAUUUAGAUGGCGGAGAAGGCAUUAUCGAACCGAAGAGAAGGCUAUAA